AUGGAGAGCUACCUGGAGGAGCGGUUCGGCGGCGUGCAGGCCAAGAACUCCUCCGAGGAGGCGCUCCGCCGCUGGCGCCGCCUCUGCAGCGUCGUCAAGAACCCCAAGCGCCGCUUCCGCUUCACCGCCAACCUCGAGAAGCGCGGCGAGGCUGAGGCCAUCAAGCAUGCCAACCACGAGAAGCUGCGCGUCGCUGUGCUCGUCUCGAAGGCUGCACUGCAGUUUCUACAUGGCCUCUCCCUGCGAAGCGAGUACAUUGUCCCUGAGGAAGUCAAGGCUGCAGGUUUUCAGAUCUGUGCCGAUGAGCUGGGGUCCAUUGUCGAGGGCCAUGAUAGUAAGAAGCUCAUCACCCAUGGUGGAGUUGAUGGAAUUGCAGAAAAACUUGCGACUUCGAAGAUGGACGGGCUAAGCACAGCCGAUGAUAGCGUUAAGCGCAGGCAAGACAUAUAUGGAGUAAACAAGUUCACAGAAAGUGAGGUCCGCAGUUUCUGGGUGUUUGUAUGGGAGGCUCUUCAAGACACCACUCUUAUAAUUCUCGCUGUCUGCGCGUUCGUGUCGCUGGUUGUUGGCAUUGUGAUGGAAGGGUGGCCAAAAGGCGCUCAUGAAGGUCUUGGAAUUGUUGCAAGUAUCCUCUUGGUUGUGUUUGUGACUGCGACAAGUGACUAUCGGCAGUCGCUGCAGUUCAAGGACCUGGACAAGGAGAAAAAGAAAAUCCAAGUACAGGUUACAAGGAAUGGUUUCAGGCAAAGGCUAUCGAUAUAUGAUCUUCUUCCUGGUGAUGUUGUCCAUUUAGCAAUUGGAGAUCAGGUCCCUGCAGAUGGGCUCUUCAUUUCUGGAUUCUCUCUAUUGAUCAAUGAAUCCAGCCUAACUGGUGAAAGUGAACCUGUCGCUGUAAGUGAAGACAACCCUUUCCUCUUGUCGGGGACCAAAGUACAAGAUGGCUCCUGCAAGAUGCUGGUCACAACUGUUGGCAUGCGCACCCAAUGGGGAAAACUGAUGGCCACUCUCAGUGAAGGCGGCGAUGAUGAAACCCCACUGCAGGUCAAACUUAAUGGAGUUGCAACUAUUAUUGGUCAGAUUGGACUAUUUUUUGCUGUUAUAACUUUCAUCGUCCUGUCCCAAGGGCUUUUCAGUAAGAAAUACCAUGAACGGAUGCUUUUAAGCUUGUCAGGAGAUGAUGCAUUGGAGCUGCUGGAGCAUUUUGCUAUUGCAGUUACCAUUGUUGUUGUCGCUGUUCCUGAGGGAUUGCCAUUAGCCGUCACGCUGAGUCUUGCAUUUGCCAUGAAGAAAAUGAUGAAUGACAAAGCACUGGUUCGCCACUUAGCUGCAUGUGAGACUAUGGGUUCAGCUACUGCCAUCUGCAGCGACAAGACAGGAACACUGACAACCAAUCAUAUGACUGUUGUUAAGGCCGGCAUCUGCGGAAACAUCAAGGAAGUUAAUGGUUCUGAGAAUGCAUCCAAGUUACGCUCUGAACUUCCAGAGAUUGUUGUUAAAACUCUUCUGGAGUCUAUAUUUAACAAUACAGGUGGUGAGGUUGUAAUUAACCAGGAUGGUAAAUAUCAGAUCCUGGGUAGCCCCACAGAGACAGCUUUACUAGAGUUUGCGUUGUCACUAGGUGGAGAUUUUAAGGCAAAACGUGAUGAAACUAAGAUUGUGAAAAUGGAGCCUUUUAAUUCAACAAAAAAGAGGAUGAGUGUCAUUCUUGGGCUUCCUGGAGGAGGGUGCCGUGCACACUGUAAAGGUGCUUCAGAGAUAGUCUUGGCUGCCUGUGACAAAUUCCUAGAUGAGACAGGUGGUGUUCAUCCUCUGGAUAAAAUAACUACUGACAAGCUCAAUGGUAUUAUUGAUAGUUUUGCUGGUGAAGCUCUUAGGACAUUAUGCCUUGCUUAUAGGGAAAUGGAAGAAGGUUUUUCCGUCACAGAGCAUAUACCACUACAAGGGUACACAUGCAUUGGAAUUAUAGGUAUCAAAGAUCCUGUCCGUCCAGGGGUGAAGGAGUCUGUUGCUACUUGCCGGGCUUCUGGAAUUAUGGUGAGAAUGGUCACAGGAGACAACAUAAAUACAGCAAAGGCAAUUGCUCGUGAAUGUGGUAUACUUACUGAAGAUGGCAUAGCUAUUGAAGGACCGGAGUUCAGAGAGAAAAGCCUAGAUGAACUCCUUAAGCUGGUUCCAAAAAUCCAGGUAAUGGCCCGAUCAUCACCACUUGACAAGCAUACACUUGUAAAGCAUUUGCGCACAACAUUCAAUGAUGUUGUUGCUGUUACUGGUGACGGCACAAAUGAUGCUCCUGCCUUGCAUGAAGCAGAUAUUGGACUUGCAAUGGGCAUUGCUGGGACUGAGGUGGCAAAAGAGAGCGCUGAUGUUAUAAUUCUGGACGACAACUUCUCUACGAUUGUAACUGUUGCCAAGUGGGGACGAUCUGUUUACAUCAAUAUUCAAAAGUUUGUGCAGUUUCAGCUGACUGUCAAUGUAGUGGCACUUCUAGUUAACUUCUCCUCAGCCUGCUUUACAGGAAAUGCACCACUGACAGCUGUUCAGCUUCUUUGGGUUAACAUGAUCAUGGACACCCUUGGCGCGCUUGCAUUAGCCACGGAGCCACCUAAUGAUGACUUGAUGAACAGAGAGCCAGUAGGAAGGACAGGGAAAUUCAUUACAAAUGUGAUGUGGAGGAACAUUCUGGGUCAGUCUUUCUACCAGUUCUUUGUGAUGUGGUAUCUCCAAACGCAAGGGAAAAACUUCUUUGGGCUUGAAGACUCUGGUACUGAUAUUGUGCUAAAUACAAUCAUUUUCAACUCAUUCGUCUUCUGUCAGGUGUUCAAUGAGAUAAGCUCUCGGGAGAUGGAGAAGAUCAACGUGCUCAAGGGCAUGACAAGGAACUAUGUCUUCAUGGCUGUCCUCACCAGCACGGUCAUCUUCCAGUUCAUCAUGGUGCAGUUUCUAGGCGAGUUUGCCAACACCACACCCCUGACCAUACACCAGUGGCUAGCCAGCGUGCUCCUCGGUCUGGCUGGGAUGCCCAUUGCCGCCGCCGUCAAGCUGAUUCCAGUCGGCUCGUCAUGA